AUGGUUAGGGGCGUCAGACAGCAAGCCAUACAAGAAGAGCAAGCCUGGCCUGGGGGGAAGGAGUUUAUAGCAACGAUGUCAGACUGCUGCAGAAGAAAAAAGACCGGCAGAAAUGACAUGUGGAAUUGGCAGAAGAUAGACAGAAGUCAGAAGGCAAAGAGAGAGUGUGUGAGAGAGAGAGAAAGGGCAGGGAUGGAGCCGGUGUUCAUGGGAUAUGUUUCACUCGCCCCGGCCUUUGCCUUAAGUCUACGGAUCUAUCUCUUCUCUUGCUUUCUUUUUGCCCUGCUUUUUUAUCUUUACGCUCCCAUUAGCUUGCUUCGCUGGGCUGACGAGGCUGGGCAGAGCUCGACGUCCAACCCGUGGAGUUCGCCACAAGAUCGGGGCGAAACAUCUUGCCAUUUCUCCAACUUGACGCAAGUUUCCGUUCGUCUACUCGACCUCUCGUCUGAUGAAGCAGACCGCCUCUCCUGGCCAUCGUCUCGCUUCAGAAGAAGCUUUCUGUUCCUGACCCGCCAGACUAUCGUGGCUGGCCACAAUGUCGGGUUCUUAAAACGAGCUGUUUCGGACCUGUCAGUUCUUGGGUCUGGGGAAAAAAAGGGAGAUGAGAUGGAACUCAUAAUGUGA